AUGCAGUCGGCGAUCCGGGCGGAGAAGCGGGUCCUUGUAGAGGGUGCAAACGCACUCAUGCUUGACAUUGACUACGGGACAUAUCCGUAUGUCACGAGUUCCAACACAUCGAUUGGGGGAGUAUGUACAGGGUUAGGGUUGUCCCCUCGGCGAAUCGAGCAUAUUAUUGGCGUGGUCAAGGCGUAUACGACGAGGGUGGGAUACGGGCCGUUUCCGACAGAGUUGAAAGAUGAGAUAGGGGAGCACCUGCAGCGAGAGGGGAGAGAAUGGGGGGUGACGACGGGGCGGCGGCGACGGUGUGGAUGGCUGGAUCUUGUGCUUUUGCGGUAUUCGGACUGGAUCAAUGGAUAUUCAUGUUUGAUGGUUACAAAGUUGGAUGUGCUGGAUGGGCUUUCGGAGAUUAAGAUAGGCGUGGCAUACAGGAACGAGGGCAGAGAGGUCCCAUAUGUCUCAGCGGAUCUUGAAAUGCUCAAAAAUGUUCAAGUUGAGUAUAAAACAGUCCCGGGAUGGCAAAAGACGACGAGGGGAUGCAAAUCGUUUGAAGAGCUGCCAAAAGAGGCUCAGGCAUACAUUCAGUUUAUAGAGAAGUUUGUGAAUGUUAAGGUGGCCUACGUUGGAGUCGGUCCGAGUCGAGACGAUAUUAUUGUUCGCUGA